AUGAUUAAAUUUCAUCAUGCCACCAACGUAGAUGAAUUACCUAGUCAAAUACCUAAGCCAAAUCCACACCAACAUGAUACAUCUGCUGUUACAACAGACCAAAGGAGACCAAAUUGGGUGCUUCGAACUCCGAACUCUACCGAUUUGAAUUCCCACAAUUCCUCUCAAUCUUCGUCCAUUACGUCUAAUUCAAGCAUCUCUUCUCCUCGAUAUCCAGAAACAAGUGACUUCCAUGGUUUAAAGAAGGAACAUGAUUAUGAUGAUACUAUACCAAAUUAUACACAAAAUCAACUUAUAAGUGCCAAAUUAGGAAACAGCAAUGCGAAAUCUAAAUUAAUAUCUAAUAGAAACGAUUUCUUUAGGAAAUUGAUGCAAAUAAGUUUAGCUGGCCAGAAUGUUACCUCCAAACAUCCUAAUUCUUCUAAUCAAUUCGGAAGCAACUUUUCCUCUGAUAAUGGAGACAGCAAUACAGGUGUGUUUUCAAACUCUGCAGACUUGUAUUCCGAGUCUCCGCUGGAAUUUCGCAAAAACGGACCAUUUCAUGAACGCACUUCUAAUAGAUCAGCAAACAAUUUGAGGUCCGAAGAUCCCAAUUUUCCAAACAAAUUGGAUCUUAAACAUUCUCAGAGUAUACAAAAACCAGUUCGAUUGUAUCCCAUUAAAUAUUACUCAGAUUUAAAGAACAAUUCUAGAAGUAGUUCUGAAGGGUACAAACCUCUUAAAAGUGGUAGAUUGCAGUCUGUCACCACAUCACAGCAAGAAUCAAAAUCAAAUUUUCUACCACAAGUUGAACAACGAUCAUAUUCUUCUCAUAAUACAGUAUAUGACGACGAAGAUGAGGAAAGUAGUCAAAACUCGCACGAACCUAAUAAAGCAGUAAAAAUAGUGCCUUUUUCCAGUGUGUUUUUCACUAAGGGUGCUGAUUUAGGAAGAAAUCGCUUUUAUCAAAUUGCUCAUGUAAAUAAAACAAAAUCUUCAAAAGCGUUAAUAAAAUUCGCUCCACCAAAAUCUAAUUAUAAGAAUGUUUUUAAAAAUUUUGAAAGUAGUCAUAAAUUGAACAAGCCACCAUCAAAAAUACCUUCUAAAAAGCCAACUUUAUCUAGUUCAAAUGUAGAUCAGAACCACCAACAUAACUACAACGAUAACUAUGAUAGACCAGAAUCAAACAGUUAUAAGCCUUCUUCAUUUAAUUCCCAUUCCAAGGAAGACGAACGCGAUAAGAAAAAUUAUAAAUAUGGUUUUGGAAAUUCUGAAACUCAUACUCCAAAUUCCCAAUAUUCAGGGGAAGUCAAUUCCAACUCAGCUCCGUAUGAAUCUGAUUCCUAUUAUCAUGCACCUUCUCCAAACAGUUCCCAUUCACACCCUAAUAGUGUACCAGAGGGUUCCUAUUCUCCAACCUACUCUUCAAAUUCUGCAGAAGACCUUCAUGAUGAAAGAGGUAGAGACAUACCAUCUAGCCAAUAUAAUUUAGAACAUCAGAAGUAUCCUUCAUCACCUCCUCUUUCUUCUAAUCAAGAUCCCCCUUACAAUUAUGAACAAUCGCCAGCUGCUUCUUUUUCUCAGGAAGUUGAUUAUAAUCGAAAUAAUGAUGCAAGCAAUUCCGAAAAAGAUAUCCCGAAAACUUACAACCCUCCUUCUUACCAAUCUCAUCCACUAAACCAAAAGCCAGCAAUGCGCAAUCCGCAAUUAUCAAAACACUCUGCACCUUAUUUUGGAAACGCAAAAUAUCAAGAAAAUAGUUAUGCAAACCCAUCAAGUCAAUUUGAAUCAAAUCCUCCAAAUUUAUCACCAGCGAGACCUCACCGACAUUACCAAAAAUCAUCAUUUUCUUCCCCUCUAAAGGAAACUAGUAAUUGGAAAAACAAACAUUUUAAUUCUGAAUCAUACCAUCAAGAGGCAGGGCCUGAAUUACAUCCUAAUUUACAACAAAACGGGGCACCCCCUUAUAAAACUGUUUCUGGACCCGUUACUGCAAAUGAAAAGCCACUACCGUUUUCUGAAAAAGACAAUGUAUAUAAGGGAAAACCCCAAUUUAAUUCUGAACCGAAUCAUUAUGCACCAGGUCCUCACAUAAAUCCUUAUAAUCGACCUACUUCUCAUAAAACGUUAUCUGGUCCAGUUAUCACAAAUGCAAAAGAACAAAAUUAUAAUGUAAUAAAUUCUAAUGAACAUAGACCCGUUACUUACACUCAUCCUUCAUCAUUUUCGCCAAACUCUGAAACACCAUCAUCAUUUCAUUAUCCACAUUCAUCUGGAGCGUCGUAUUCUAAAGAAAGUAAUUAUCAAAACUCCCAAGACAGCCAAGGUCAGUAUAAACAAGAACUGCCACCAAAGCAUGAUUAUUCACAAUCUCAUUUUCCAACUCAAAAGCCUUUAAUAAGAAAUCUACCACCUUCGUCAGUUUCAUCCUAUUCCAGAGAAAUCGAUUAUCGUCAGAAAAACCACGCUAGUACUGAUCGAUAUCAAUCAAACCGUCCUUCCACACAAUUUCAUACAUCGCCUCAAAGAAAACCACCUACACAUGACUAUUCACAACCACAUUUUCCAGUCCAAAGACCUUUAGCAAACAAUCCAUCUCUUUCGCCUGCCCCACCGUUCUCCGGAGAAACCGAUUAUCGUGAGAAAAACCACGACAGUACUGAUCGAUAUAAACCAAGCCAUCCAUCCACACAAUUUCAUACAUCGCCUCAAGGAAAACCACCUAAACAUGGCUAUUCACAACCGCAUUUUCCAGCCCAAAGACCUUUAGUAAGCAAUCCAUCUCUUUCGCCUGCCCCACCGUUCUCCGGAGAAACCGAUUAUCGGCAGAAAAACAGGGAAAAUACUAAUCAGUAUCAGUCAAGCUAUCCUUCUUCUCAAUCGCAAACAUCACAUCAAAGUCCUCGGCCCUAUAAAUUACCUAGAUUGCCUGGUACUCCUUUCUCUGGAGAAAGUGAAUAUCCACGAGACGCUCCUGCAAGUUUAGAAGAGCCAGGUCUGCGCCAUUAUUUACCACAUUCUUAUUCAGCACAACACUCACAAUCAUCACACAAUGCACCUCCUUCUUCUGCCUCUUCCCAUUCUGAAGAAUAUACCCAUUCUGGUUCUAAUCAGUACCAGCCAAAUCAUCUUAAGUCAAAUAGUGAACCAUCUUUUGCACCAUUUCCUAAUAACCCAGAAAAUAAUUAUUAUCAGCCUAAUGAAACCCCUUCUCAUCAAUCCCAUAAUAAUCAUGCGAAACCUCUCUCUUCUUCUAACAAUGUUCCACAUCUGGAGGUUUCCAGCUAUAAUCAUAAGAACAAUGCUGUUGCUUCAGUCCGACCUCAGUUGGGAACAAAGAACCAUGCUCCCUUACAAUUUCAAAACUCGCCCUCUUAUGCAAAAUCACCUUCACCAGCUACUCCUUAUACUGAUACAGCCCCCCAUCAGAAAAGAGGCCAUUCCGAAUUUUUUAAUCAGUAUGAAUCCAAUCAUCGUAAUCAUCCACAUUCUAACUCUCAACCACAAAUUGAAGCUGAAUAUAAAAGUACCGCGUAUGGCAAUCCUUCCGUAAAUGCUAAAAAUCCACCUACACGAUCCUCGCACCCACGAAGUCGGAAUUUAGACAAUUAUCAAGCGCAUGUAGCUAAUUACAAUCAGCCAUCAGCACCAAAAUCGCAUACUUUACCUUACUACAAUCACAACGAAAAUAUAACUCCAUGCAGUUCCGAAUACCAAGCCAGCAUAUCUGCUGAAUGCGAAGAAACUUCGAAACAGCAAGAUGUAUAUAACGUGGGGAAUUCUGGAUACAAAAAAGAAUCUGGCGUCCAAAAAUAUCCAGAUGUCUCUCCCAUUAAUUCACCAAAAUACAGUUAUAACAUUAAAGACAAUGCUAAUACAGACGUACAACAAAGAACAGUGAAAUCAAGCUUUUUGGGAAACAAUAAUAGUCGAGGUAAGGAUCAAAAUUAUAAUGCAAAUACGGAGUCGACAUACGGUGGAAAUUCAGACCCUGAAUGUGAUGAAAAAGAUGUAAGUUCAUCUUGCUCCUUCGAACAAGAUGAAGUUCAACAACCACGUAACUCUGUUAAAUCAAUUUCUGUCCCUCAUGGUCAUUCGACAAAUUUCGAAUACAAUAGUCACCGAAGACAAGAGACUUCUAAGUUAAGCGUCAUGAGCAGUCCAGUGGCAAAUCAGCCUGGAUCAGUUAACACGGAUAAUCACCACACUAUGAAUAACAUUAAUAACAAUAUCCCUUUCUUUAGUGGCGAAAAAGAAAAAUUUCAGAAAAAUUCCUCCCCAACGAGUGAUUUUUCUCGUAAUACGCAACCCAUAGAACAAUAUAAUGAAGAGAAACCGAAACAUACCGGUUACACUCAUCUCCCAAGAUUUAGUACUGAAACUUUGAUAGAAGAAUCUUUUUCGGAGACAAAAACUAUUCCAAUCUCAAAGAAAGCAAUGCCUGAGGUAGUUUCUUCGAAAACCCACGAAGACAACAUUACAAAAGAUUCGGACCUCCAUAAACAAGAUUUAGAAACUUCAGGGAGAAGUCAAAAUGACAAAUUUGAAAAAUCGAACAAAGAGAAGAGUAAAAAUUUUGAUGGUUCUAAACGCUCACAUAAUCCCAGCCAUUUUAAAAAACGCAGUGUUCCUGAUAAAAUUCAAACAGCAUACUCAACCAUACGAAAUUCCAAAUCCAAUGCUCGACAAGAUUCUGAUGAAAGUGAUAGCCUCACAAGUAAAGAAAGCGAUGCUGUUUUUAAGGACAUGCCAGAUGUGGACAUGAAUGAAAGUGAAGAAUCGUUUGGUCAAGAAGAUCAUGAUGGAUUUUUGGACAUGGGUGCCUAUACUGAUAAAAAUGGAUCAUUCGGAUGGUAUGCUGAUUUUCCAGUUGGAAAAAGUCACGAUAAACUGACAUGGUCAUUUUCUUGA